UCACUUGUCUCAUUUCCACACUAGUCUUCUCUAUCUAUAUAUAUAUUAAACCCUAUCUUCUUCACUCUUCUCCUAAGUCCUUAACUCUUUACUCUUUAUUCUCUCUCUCUCUCUCUCUUUCUGCUCUGUUAUUGUUCUGUUUCUACUAUCUCUGUAUCUGUGUGAAAGCCAAAUAUGACGGUGGUGAGAGAGUACGACCCGACCCGAGACUUAGCCGGCGUUGAGGACGUGGAGCGACGGUGUGAAGUUGGACCAAGCGGCAAGCUUUCUCUUUUCACCGACCUUUUGGGUGACCCGAUUUGUAGGAUCCGACAUUCACCUUCCUAUCUCAUGCUGGUGGCUGAGAUGGGUACGGAGAAGAAGGAGAUUGUGGGGAUGAUUAGAGGAUGCAUCAAGACCGUUACAUGUGGCAAAAAGCUCGAUUUAAAUCACAAGUCACAAAACGACGCCGUCGUCAAGCCUCUUUACACUAAACUCGCUUACGUUUUGGGCCUUCGUGUCUCUCCUUUUCACAGGAGACAAGGGAUUGGUUUUAAGCUGGUGAAGAUGAUGGAGGAAUGGUUCAGACAAAACGGUGCUGAAUACUCUUACAUUGCUACUGAAAACGACAACCAAGCUUCGGUUAAUCUCUUCACCGGGAAAUGUGGUUACUCUGAGUUCCGUACGCCGUCGAUUUUGGUUAAUCCGGUUUACGCUCAUCGGGUUAAUAUAUCGCGAAGAGUCACGGUGAUUAAAUUAGACCCGGUCGAUGCUGAGACGUUGUACCGACUCCGGUUUAGUACAACCGAGUUUUUCCCGCGGGAUAUCGAUUCGGUUCUGAAUAACAAACUCUCGCUCGGGACUUUUGUAGCAGUGCCACGUGGAAGCUGUUAUGGAUCCGGGUCUGGAGCAUGGCCCGGUUCGGCUAAGUUCCUCGAGUACCCACCCGAGUCAUGGGCCGUGUUGAGCGUGUGGAACUGUAAAGACUCUUUUCGGUUGGAGGUUCGCGGCGCGUCGAGGCUGAGGCGCGUGCUGGCUAAAACGACUAGGGUGGUCGAUAAAACGCUGCCGUUUUUGAAACUCCCUUCGAUUCCUUGUGUUUUCGAGCCGUUUGGGCUUCACUUCAUGUACGGGAUCGGAGGGGAAGGUCCACGCGCGGUGAAGAUGGUGAGGUCGUUGUGUGCUCACGCGCAUAACCUGGCCAAGGAAGGAGGAUGCGGUGUAGUUGCGACGGAAGUAGCCGGAGAAGAGCCGUUGCGGCGAGGGAUACCGCAUUGGAAAGUGCUGUCGUGCGCCGAGGAUCUUUGGUGUGUUAAACGGCUUGGGGAAGACUACACUGACGGCGUUAUUGGUGACUGGACCAAAUCGCCACCUGGCGUUUCUAUUUUUGUAGACCCUAGAGAAUUUUAAACUUCACUUUUUAUUUAACCCUAUAGUUUUCUUUUAAUGUCAAAUUAGUGACUUUAGUUCUAAGUUGUUUAGAUAUCUUGAUGAUGGGGUCGUUUAGUUUUUAGAAUUAUUAUUAAUCUUUCUAUUGUUCUUAGGUUUU